AUGGCAGUACUGGGCUUCCACGUGGUAAUAUGCUUGAUAGCGAUCACUUUGAUAUCAAAACUGGUACAUCGAGCCAAUUUUAUUCAUCUUUUCAUCACUAAUGGGUAAAUUGAUAAUCGAAAUAGUUUUCCAAAAGAAUGCGAGUAAUUUUCAGAUUAUACCGGUUUCUAGCGCCUUCGAAUCAAGAGCUCAAAGCCCUCCUUCCACCGAGCAAAGAGAAGCUGAAUCAGAGAAAUCGACGGAAAAGGAGGUGCGGAAAAUUUGAAUUUUCUUGAAAAACCGUCAAUAUUCUGUGCAGAGAAGACGAAGCAGCGGAAGGUUUCAACGUGCCGAAAGCGUCGCCGUUCCAACUGCAUCUGAUCGCCGUCGACGUCAAGGAUCUCGUGCAAUUCGAAAUGUACACCUCGCUCCACUGGCUCUGCCUCUGCAUCCCCGUCUGUCUGACAGUCUACGCGCUCUCCGAACUCUACAACUACCUGCUUCCCGAGAAUCGCGACUUCAACGUCUCCAUCGUCUUCAUGCUCGUCAUCAUCAUGUUCGUGCUCCAAGUGCUCGCCGCACUCUCCUCCUACCUCGCCAACAACGUCGGCGAACGCGGAUUCAUGAUCUCCGUCGGCGCCGUCUACUUCCUUUUCUCGUUCAUUUUUGCGAUGAGCGCCCAUAAGAUUUUUGAUAUUCAGAUGUUGGAAGGUGGGCGAAUGUUUGCAAAGUUCCAGGAAAACCGUUAUCUUUCAGCCUACGACCAAUUGAGCACAAACAUUGCCGAAUUUGUGGAGAACGCCGGAGUAUUCGACAAUUCCACCAACAUUCGCGACUAUCGCCCCACAAAUCCACUGAUGAUGUGAGCAUUUGAGCAAUCUAGGGGAAAAGUUCCAUUAGACCGCUUUCAGUUUUCAUCAAAACACCAAAAAAAAUGCGAAAACUUGCUAUUUCAAGACUUUCAAAUCGUCCGCUUUUUCCAGGUACAUCUCCCUAUCCGUCUUCUUCUCGCUGCUCUCAGCGAUGCUCGUUUUCCCGAACUUCCGCUGCGCCAUCAUGUAUCUGAAAGCGGUAGAAUUAGACGGACGCGUCCGCAAGGCGCUCGACCACGUGGCAUUCCUCCUGCCUGCUUUCAUUCUCGCAUUCUACGCGAAACCCGUCGUUCAUCAACUUGUUCACGGUCCCAGGAAGAUGUAGGCGAGCUGUUGAAGCUGAAGGUAAAGCUAAUUCCGCCGUUUUUCAGAAUGAACUCGGAUCAACUGGACAUUGUCCGAAUCUACCUGAUCAUCUUCUGGGUGCUCACCAAAUUCAUCACCCGUGUCUCGCACCUUCAGGCACAUCUGAAUCUCUCCUACGAUAAGGUUGCCGAAAUGCAGGCGGAAGCGGGAAAAGUGAAGAAUUACGCGAUUCAAUCAAUGGUCAGUUCCCAAUUCAUCCAGAAGCCACGACCCCUUUUCUUGUGAAUUUCAGAUCUACCGCUAUUAUCGUUAUCUGUGCUGCGCUUCCCUUCAGUACUUUGGCCCCGCCAUCCUCGCCCUCCUCUUCGCACUUUUGCUCAAAACCACCGGAAAUCUCUCGUGGAUCGGCGCGCCUGCACCAACUUCGCCACCCGAUUUGAGCUCUCUGGCUCUCAGCGGACCGAUCCGAUUCGUGUUCGACGCGUCGAUCUGCCGCGCCUUCUUUUCGUUCCUGCUCGUCGUCACGCUUCUCAUCAACUUCACCCUCCAACUCUUGGGCGUCGCCUAUCACUCGUACUUUGUGGGCACCAAAACAAACUAG